AUGCCCCCGCCAGAAGCCCUCCCUGGUCGGCAAAAUGCCACAGAAGAGAACCUCCAGCUCUCCUUCCCUUCCCCCGCAGGAGUGCCGGCCAACGCGAUCCUCGAGAUGUUCGGGAAGAUGUUUUUCCAGUUUUGUCAAGAAUCGGGAUACGACACCAUCCUGCAGGUCCUCGGGGCCACCGUCAGCGGCUUCCUGCAGAACCUGGAUGCCCUGCACGAUCACUUGCAGCUCAUCUACCCGGGCAUGAAAGCGCCCAGUUUCCGGUGCACUCAGAGGGACGAGGAUGGCGCCCUCAUCCUCCACUACUACUCGGAUCGGCCGGGACUCGAAAGGAUAGUCAUCGGCAUCGUCAAGGCCGUGGCGUCCCAGCUGCACGGGACGGAGGUGGAGGUGGAGAUCCUGCGGCGGCGCGAGGAGGAGGACCACGUGCAGUUCCUCAUCACCGAGAAGGACACGCAGGCCAGGGUCCACAUCACCGACCAGAAGCCCAUGAGGGGGAGAUACAGUAUGAGUAUUGGAUAUAGCACUAGUGACAGUAGUAACAGAAAGUCCAAGAUAAGUCCCCGGACCUUCUGCCAAGUGUGUCCCUUCCACCUGAUGUUCGACCGGGAACUGAGGAUCCACCAGGCAGGGUUUUCCAUCGCCAGAGUGCUGCCGGCGGUCAGGCACAAGGAUGCCACUCUCGACAGCCUCUUCGAUGUGGUCCGGCCUCACAUGGGACUGACCUUCGACAACAUCUUGUCUCACAUCAACACCAUCUACGUCUUGAGAACCAGGGAAGCACUCAUCACGACCCGUGGCGACAACCGCGACUUAGGCUCCGACCAGGGCUGCCUCAGACUCAAGGGCCAGAUGAUCUACCUUCCGGAGACGGAGCUGAUGCUGUACGUGUGCUCGCCCUCUGUUCUCAACCUCGACGACCUCUACCGCAAGGGCCUCUAUCUCUCGGACAUCCCUCUCCACGACGCCACUCGAGACCUCGUCCUCCUCAGCGAGAAGUUCGAGGCCGAGUACAACCUCACGACGAAUUUGGAGAUUUUGACCGAUAAGCUUCAACACACUUACCGCGAGCUGGAGAGCGAACGACAGAAAACGGAUAAGCUCUUGUACUCAGUCCUGCCCAUCAGUAUUGCCAACGAGCUCCGACACAAGCGCCCUGUUCUCCCUCGCAGAUAUGAGGUGGUAACACUGCUCUUUUCAGGGAUCGUCGGCUUCUCAGACUACUGCUCGAGACACACGGACAUCGCGGGCGCCUCCAAGAUCGUCAAGAUGCUCAAUGACCUCUACACGGCCUUCGACUGCCUCACGGACGAGAAGAAAAACCCGAACGUGUAUAAGGUGGAGACCGUAGGAGACAAGUACAUGGCGGUGAGCGGCCUCCCCGAGACGUGCGACCACCACGCCCGCUGCAUCUGCAACCUCGCCCUCGACAUGAUGGACAAGGCCGAGGGCGUCAUCGUGGACGGGCAGAAAGUGCGCAUCACGAUCGGCAUCCACUCCGGCGAGGCGGUGACGGGCGUGAUCGGCCAGAGGAUGCCUCGCUACUGCCUCUUUGGCAACACUGUCAACAUCACCUCGAGGACGGAGACGACGGGAGAGAAGGGAAGGAUAAACGUGUCGGAAGUGGCUUAUAAAUACCUCCAAGAACCCCAGAACUACGACGCGAAAUUCGUGUUCACCUACCGGGGUCCCGUGCCGAUGAAGGGCCGCAAGGAACCCAUGCAGGUGUGGUUCCUCAACAGGAGAAGACCCGGGGCGGACGCAGGAGCUCAGCAGUAGAGAUUUUUAGUUUUAGGUCUAGAGCUUAAUGGAGCUUGAACUUGGCUAGUUUUUGGAGAUGAGAGAAAGUGCGGGAAUCUCCCAAAACGG